AUGCCCGACUUGAAGAAAAUCGUCCCCCUCGUUCUCCUUCUGCUCUUUGUUGUCAUCCUCGCUGCGGUGGGGUACGCGGUUUAUAGCGUCCUUCAGGAUGUCAAGAAGAACACUCGCGCAGAGAUGGAGCGCAAGCACGUGGUUAUUUCUAAGGAGGGAAUGAAGGUUAGCAUGAAGGAGGUCAAUGAUGAGGUCUACAAGGAUCAAACUCAGAGCGUUCUCUACAACAUGUGGAACCACACCUCCUUCCCGGCAUACAAGAGUCGACUGUGGGAUAUGACGGGAGCAUCGGGCUCAAAGACCGAGAGUGGCGCCGAGAAGCGAAAGCCGUACGUACUAUCUCGUCUGGUUCCCUGUGGCAUUUGA